AUGAAAGUCCAUUAUAUUAAUAUUUUAUUAUUAAAAUUUUUACUAAAUAUAUUGGUUCAUAAUCAAAGGAACCAUAAAAGCACUAUAACACAUACACCAAAAAUACAUAGAAUAUUAUGCGAAUGUGAUUUGUAUACAUCCAUUUAUGAUAAUGACCCAGAAAUGAAAUCAGUUAUGGAACAAUUUGAUCGACAAACGUCCAAACGUUUUAACGAAUAUGACGAAAGGAUGCAACAAAAACGUAUGCAUUGUAAAGAACUGUGCGAUAAAGAAAUACAAAACAUUAUAUUGAAAGAUAAAAUCGAAAAAGAAUUAAAGGACAAAUUUGGUGCACUACAAACAAAUCUAGAUAGUGACGCUAUCCCUACCUGCGUUUGUGAAAAGUCGGUGGCUGACAAAACAGAGAAAUUUUGUCUCAACUGCGGACAGAAUAUGGAAGCAAUUGCACCUUGUUGGGGGUUAUUUAGUGGUGUAGGAUAUACGGGGUGGACAAAUUAUGUUGUUGCACAGGUACAUCAAGCUGCUACUGAUGCAGGUAUUAAUGCAACAAUAGAAGUGUUAAAAACAAAAUUUGGCCUAGAGAGUUUAUGUGCUGCUAAAUGGAAAACAAUUAUUACUGCAGAAAAUUAUGCUAAUGAGAAGCUUCUUGGUGAAAUUAUUAGGGAAUUAGGUAGUACAAUGUGCAGCGCAUCUGGAGAGCAAACAGGAGCAGGGUCUUUUUGUCUUUUCGUAGAUCCACCUACUAAACUUACAACUGCUAUAAAAGGACAUAUACCAAUUGCAGUUAAUACGGCUGUUGAAAAAGCUGCAGCUGCUGAAGCAGCUGAAGCUGGAAAACUGGCAGCAAAUACUAGUAUAUUACAUACAACUAUUAUUGCUUCCAUUGUUGCAAUAGUGGUUAUAGUUUUGGUUAUGCUUAUAAUUUAUUUAAUUUUACGAUAUAGAAGAAAAAAGAAAAUGAAGAAAAAACUACAAUACAUAAAAUUAUUAAAGGAAUAG